AUGGAAAGAACUGGAAGCAAUGAGGGGGUGAUUCAAAUGACAUGGAUCAUAAGUGGUGAUUUUAAUAAUGUGCUACGUUCAGAUGAUAGACUGGGCCAACCAGUCACUAUGAAUGAGAUAAAGGAUUUUAAAGAGUGUAUUGAUGCACUGCAACUAUCUCCUGUGAAGACAAAAGGUUGUUUCUACACUUGGUGCAGCAAGAAACAAGCAACUGAUAGAGUUUAUAGUAGAAUAGAUUGGGUGCUUGGAAAUUUUGAGUUGAUCAGAGACUAUGGACAUGUGGAAGCUGAUUGUUUGGAACCUGGAAUAUCUGAUCGUUCCCCUAUAGUGCUCCAGAUAUGGCAAAGGAAGAAUAUGUAUCACAGACCUUUUAAAAUGUACAUGGUAACAAUGGAGCAUAGUGAGUUCAAACCUAUGGUUGUGGAUGAGUUAGAGAAGUGGAGCACAGUUGAGGAAAAGAUAUUGAGGCAAAGGUCGAGAGUGAAUAUGAUUGAUUGUGGAGACUCAAACUCAAAGUAUUUCUAUGCUCAAUUAAAGAUGAGAGCAAUUAGGAAUUCUAUAUCUUCUGUAUACAAUGCAGGAGGGAUAAGAGUCACAGAACCAAUAGAAAUAGAGAAGGAAUUUGUUGAAUUCUUCAAGCAGCUCAUGGGGACAGACAAUGGGCUCAAACAUUGCCCAAAUGCAGAGAUCAUCAAAGAAGGAGUGUGUUUGUCAAUGAACAAACAGCUGGAAUUAAUCAAGGAAGUAACGCAUGAGGAAAUAAAUGAAUCAAUCAAGGAUAUGCCAAAUGACAAAGCACCACGAGUGGAUGGAUUUCCAAUGCUUACAGAGCUGGGAUUUCCUUAUAAGUGCAUUGGUUGGAUUAUGGAGUGUGUGACAAUAGUGUCAUAUUCAUUGACACUCAAUGGUGGGCUCACAAAACCUUUCCCUGCUAGGAGAGGGAUAAGGCAAAGAGACCCUAUGUCUCCUUUACUAUUUGUAAUUGCAAUGGAGUACUUGCAGAGGGAGAUGAAUACUUUGAAGAUGCAGAAGGAGUUCAAAUACCAUCCUAAAUGCAAGAAACUGGGAGUAACACAUAUAUGUUUUGCUGACGAUCUCUUAAUGUUUUGCAGGGGAGGCACAAAAUCUAUUCAAGCAAUACAGAAUGUUUUUGACAAGUUCUCAAAAGUAUCAGGAUUGCAAGCAAGUGUGGAGAAAAGCUCAAUAUAUAUGGCUGGGAUUAAUCAACAAGUGCAAGAAGCGAUUAUGCAACUUACUGGUUAUAUAAAGGGCAACCUACCUUUUAAAUAUUUGGGAGUGCCAUUGUCGACUAGGAAGCUGAACAUAAACCAAUGUCUGCCUUUGGUUGAGAAGAUCACUGAUAGAGUGAGGUGCUGCUCUGCUAGGAUGUUAUCAUAUGCUGGAAGAUUACAACUGAUCAAAUCAGUGCUAUUUGGUGUGCAAACAUACUGGGCCCAAAUAUUCUUGAUUCCAAAGAAGAUUAUGAAAAUGCUGGAGGCUGUGUGCAGGACUUUCCUGUCGACUGGAUCAACUGAAAUAUCUCGGAAUGCUCUUAUAGCAUGGGACAAAAUUUGCCAACCUAAAAGUACAGGGGGAUUGAAUGUGAUCAACAUGAGAACUUGGAAUAAAGCUGCAGUGAUGAAACACUUAUGGGCAUUGGCUAUGAAGAAGGAUACACUAUGGAUUAGAUGGGCUCACAUAUACUACAUAAAGAAUAGAAGAAUUGAAGACAUAGAUACACCAAAAAAUGCAGCAUGGGUGGUGAGGAAGAUUAUUGAAAUGAAGGAAGAUGUACUGAAGAUGAGGACAAACCAAACAGAUAUUACAUCAAUUUUGAGAGAGUUUGAGAAACAAGGCAAGUUCCAGAUCAAAAAGGCAUAUGUGCAAAAGUGGAAUGGAAGAGUAUUCAUAUGCACUCACAAGUUCAUCUAA